UGCACCAGCCCGGCCGCCGCUAAGCAACAGCACUUAUACUCCGAGAGCGCACGGUGAGCACGGAAACUCCACCUAACGCUGUAUUUAUCGGCUUCACAAUCCGUCUACUAUGGAGCUAAACGACGCCAACCUCCAAACGCUGACCGAGUACCUGCGGCAAACACUAAACCCCGAUCCUCUUGUCAGGCGUCCAGCGGAGAAGUUCCUGGAGUCGGUGGAAGGCAGUCAGAACUACCCCAUCCUCUUACUGACGACGCUAGAGAAGUCUCAGGACGACGUGAUCCGAGUCUGUGCAGCCGUCACCUUUAAAAACUACAUCAAGAGGAACUGGCGCAUUAUUGAAGAUGAACUGAACAAAAUUUCUGAUUCGGACCGGACAGCUAUUAAGGCGAACAUUGUGAAUUUGAUGCUGACCAGUCCGGAGCAGAUACAGAAACAGCUGAGUGAUGCCAUCAGUAUCAUUGGGCGAGAAGAUUUCCCUCAGAAGUGGCCUGAUCUCCUGACGGAGAUGGUGACACGGUUCCAGAGUGGAGAUUUCCACAUUAUAAACGGCGUGCUACGCACCGCUCACUCACUUUUUAAGCGGUAUCGGCAUGAGUUCAAGUCUAAUGAGCUGUGGCAAGAGAUCAAAUUGGUGUUGGAUACUUUUGCCCAGCCUCUUACCGAGCUCUUUAAGGCUACAAUCGACCUGUGUCAGACUCAUGCUACUGAUGUCAACGCUUUGAAGGUCCUCUUCUCCUCCCUCACACUCAUAUCAAAGCUGUUCUACAGUCUUAACUUUCAGGAUCUUCCGGAGUUCUUUGAAGACAACAUGGAGACAUGGAUGACGCAUUUUCACAAUUUAUUAACCUUGGAUAACAAGCUCUUACAGACUGAUGAUGAGGAGGAAGCUGGUCUCUUGGAGCUGCUGAAAUCUCAGAUCUGUGAUAAUGCAGCUCUUUAUGCUCAGAAGUACGACGAGGAGUUUCAGCCCUACCUGCCUCGCUUUGUCACAGCCAUCUGGAACCUGCUGGUCACCACGGGGCAAGAGGUCAAAUAUGAUUUGCUGGUGAGCAAUGCCAUCCAGUUCCUGGCAUCGGUGUGCGAGAGGCCACACUACAAGAAUCUGUUUGAAGAUCAGAACACGCUCACCAGCAUCUGCGAAAAGGUCAUCGUCCCCAACAUGGAAUUCAGAAGUGCGGAUGAAGAAGCAUUUGAGGACAAUUCAGAAGAGUAUAUCAUAAGAGACCUUGAAGGCUCAGACAUUGACACGAGGCGACGGGCUGCCUGUGACCUGGUGCGAGGACUUUGCAAAUUUUUUGAGGGUCCUGUGACGGCCAUUUUCUCAGGCUACGUAAACUCCAUGCUGACUGAAUACGCCAAGAACCCAGCAGUGAACUGGAAGCACAAAGACGCUGCGAUCUACCUAGUAACCUCACUAGCCUCCAAAGCCCAGACACAGAAGCAUGGGAUCACACAAGCCAACGAGCUGGUGAACCUGACUGAGUUCUUCGUGAGCCACAUCCUACCUGACCUGAGGUCUCCCAAUGUAAACGAGUUUCCUGUCUUAAAAGCAGAUGCCAUAAAAUAUGUUAUGACUUUCAGAAGUCAGCUUCCCAAGGAGCAGCUGCUAGAGACCCUUCCUCUGCUGAUUGCGCACCUGCGGGCCGAGAGCACUGUGCAGCACACCUAUGCAGCUCAUGCUUUAGAGCGACUCUUCACCAUGAGAGGAACCAACAACUCAACACUCUUUUCAGCUCCUGAGAUUGCACCUUUCACAGACCAGCUCCUCAACAACUUGUUUAACGCUCUGGCAAUACCUGGCUCGUCGGAGAAUGAAUACAUAAUGAAAGCCAUCAUGCGAAGUUUCUCACUUCUCCAGGAGGCCAUCGUGCCGUAUAUACCUACACUGAUCGGCCAACUCACCCAGAAACUCCUUCUAGUUAGCAAGAAUCCCAGCAAACCCCAUUUCAACCACUACCUGUUUGAGUCACUGUGCUUGUCCAUCCGGAUCACCUGUAAGGCCAACCCUGUGACUGUGGGCAGCUUUGAGGAGGCACUCUUCCCCGUGUUCACAGAGAUUCUUCAGAACGACGUGCAGGAGUUUGUGCCGUACGUGUUCCAGGUCAUGUCUUUACUCCUAGAGAUCCACACUAGUGCUAUCCCUUCCUCCUACAUGGCCCUGUUCCCCCACUUGCUGCAGCCUGUCUUAUGGGAGCGCACAGGUAACAUCCCACCUCUGGUGCGCCUUCUGCAGGCCUACCUGGAGAAAGGAGGAGGCAACAUUGCCAGCUCGGCCGCAGAUAAAAUCCCUGGUCUCCUUGGAGUGUUCCAGAAGCUCAUCGCCUCUAAGGCCAACGACCACCAGGGCUUCUACCUGCUUAAUAGUAUAGUGGAGCACAUGCCCCAAGAAUCGAUUAGUCAGUACAGAAAGCAGAUUUUCAUCCUGCUCUUCCAAAGAUUGCAGAGCUCCAAGACUACCAAGUUCAUAAAAAGUUUCCUCGUCUUUAUUAACCUCUACAGUGUUAAGUAUGGGGCGAUUGCAUUACAAGAGAUAUUUGAUGACAUCCAGCCAAAGAUGUUUGGCAUGGUGUUGGAGAAGAUCGUGAUCCCAGAAGUGCAGAAAGUAUCAGGGCAGGUGGAGAAGAAGAUCUGUGCAGUAGGCAUCACCAAAAUCCUCACAGAGUGCCCGGCUAUGAUGGACACAGAGUACACCAAGCUCUGGCCUCUUGUCCUCCAGGCCCUGAUCGGUUUGUUCGAGCUGCCGGAGGAUGACAGCAUCCCUGACGAUGAGCACUUCAUUGACAUCGAGGACACACCGGGUUACCAAACCGCCUUUUCCCAGCUGGCCUUCGCUGGAAAGAAGGAGCACGAUCCUAUUGGAGAUGCUGUCAAUAACCCUAAAAUCCUACUGGCCCAGUCCUUACACAAGCUCUCUACAGCCUGCCCUGGGAGGGUUACCUCCAUGCUGAGUACAAGUCUAAGCGCCGAAGCACUGCAGUUUUUGCAGGGUUACCUCCAGGCGGCUUCGGUCCAGCUCGUCUAAGGCAGAUGCUAUCGUCACUUCGGCCUCAGUGUCUGUGUGCAUUCAGACUGAUGUAACUAAACACCCACCAACAGAAGUAACAUCUUGUACCCUCGAGCAUCACAGCUGCGUUUUUAGAAUGGACGUUGACCGAGCAGAACAUAGCAAAGAUACCCGAGUAAAGAAGACACGCUGCUUUGUCCACACACUCGACACCACCCAGUUACAGAUUUGUGAUCUUGCAAUUCGAUCAGACUCUUCGCAUCUGUUAACAGUCCACAGACAUCAAAACAUACAGGCUCUCUAAAAUGUUCAAAAGUGACAUCUUGGACAACAUAAACACGAUUACAUUUGAUGUCUUUAACAUUAAGUGGGAUUUUGUUUCUCCAUAUAGAUCCAGGAGUGGUUUUUACUGGUUAAAUAAGGGCUGUCAUUGUGGCACUUAAAAAAAAUCAUAGCUCUUUUUCUUUGUUGCAUGUCAGUGUUUUUGUCCGGUCUUAGUUUUAAGGCUUUGUCUAAUUGUUAAUAAAGAAAGGCACUUGUAUAAUU